AUGGCCUUCGUCCUCCCUCCACUCCCUUACGAAAAAACUGCUUUGGUCCCACACAUCAGUGCUGAGACUUUGGAAUUCCACCACGACAAACACCACGCGACUUAUGUCACAAAGUUGAAUGGGUUGGUCGCCAACACAGACAACGCCAAGAAGACACUUGAAGAGCUCAUUAAAACAAAACCAACACAAGCUAUUUACAACAAUGCCGCUCAAGCAUGGAACCACGCUUUCUACUGGAACUGCAUGUGUGGCUGUGGCGUGAAGCCAUCUGCUGAACUCGAAAGCAAAUUGGCUGCCGCGUUCGGAAGUUUCGAAGACUUCAAGAAGAAGUUCACCGAGAAAGCCGUCGGACACUUUGGAAGUGGGUGGUGCUGGUUGGUCGAGCACAACGGAAAGCUCGAGAUCAUCGACACACACGACGCUGUUAACCCAAUGGCAGAGGGUAUGAAACCAAUCCUCACCUGUGAUGUCUGGGAACACGCCUACUACAUCGACACGAGAAAUAACAGAGCUGCUUAUCUUGAACACUGGUGGAACGUCGUCAACUGGAAGUUCGUCGAACAGAACCUCGCUUAA